AGGAAGUGUGUUUAUUAUUGUCAGCGUGCGCAUCAGCUGAUCGCAAUGAAAGUAUUUUACCGAAUUCAGCAAGUUCAACAAGUUUGUCUUCAACGUGUCGUUGCAAGAUUUUUUUAAAGAACCUUAUGUUUUAGGUUGCCAAUAUAAUGAAAAAUGGCGUGACAUUUUAGUUAUUAUCUAACGACAUUUUGCAAGUGAACGGGAUGGAUUAUGACGAGGAGACCAGACCACUUUUGGUCAACGAUGAAGAAAGAUCAGAAGACAGAUUAGAGCAGGACUCGUAUCUUAAUAAAGUUAAAAAUGGAAAGUUAUACAUGGCCACAUUUGCUGCAGUUCUGGGACCCCUGAGUUUCGGGUUCGUGUUGGGCUACAGUUCUCCUGCCAUCCCAGAACUCACUAGAAUCCAGGACCCCAAACUACAGCUCAGCACAGAGGAGGCGUCAUGGUUCGGGUCUGUGGUGACGAUUGGUGCUGCACUCGGGGGUCUGCUGGGAGGAUGGAUUGUGGAAAAGAUCGGACGUAAACUGAGCCUUAUGUUCUGUGCAAUACCCUUUAUCUUUGGUUUUACUACCAUAAUCGCUGCUCAGAAUCACUGGAUGUUAUACGUGGGCAGAGUUCUCACAGGUCUGGCCAGUGGAGUCACUUCUCUUGUUGUACCUCUUUACAUCUCUGAAAUGGCCCAUGAGCGUGUUCGGGGCACUAUCGGGUCCUGUGUACAGCUGAUGGUUGUGACGGGCAUUAUGGGAGCCUAUAUCACAGGUUUGUUCCUGGACUGGCGUUGGUUAGCGGUCGCUUCCUCCAUCCCUCCCACCCUGAUGCUGGUGUUUAUGUGCUUUAUGCCUGAGACCCCACGGUUCCUGCUGUCCCAGGGGAAGAGGAGAGAGGCAGAGGAGGCCCUGCGCUUCCUCAGGGGUCCCGAUGCCCCAAUAGAAUGGGAGUGUGCCAGAAUAGAAGAAGCAUACAAAAAUGAGGAGCAAAGCUUCAGUCUGUCUGAUCUGAAGGACCCUGGUGUUUAUAAGCCUUUAGGGGUGGGCAUAAUGAUGAUGGUAUUCCAGCAGUUCACCGGCAUCAACGCCAUCAUGUUUUAUGCCGAGACCAUCUUUGAGCAAGCUCAUUUCAAAAGCAGCGAUGUUGCCACGGUGAUUGUAGCCGCCACUCAGGUGGUCUUUACAGCAGUCGCUGCUUUCGUCAUGGACAGGGCUGGACGGAAAGUUCUCCUGAUCUUGUCUGGUGUCACGAUGUGCGUCAGUGAGGCGGUGUUUGGUGUGUACUUCAAGUUGACUGUGAUGAAGCACGAUAACUCCACACUACUGAGUGCAGUAACAGACGCCCCACAAACGCCUCAAACAGAUCUGGCCUGGCUUGCCGUGGGAAGCAUGGGCCUCUUUAUUACAGGAUUCGCUCUCGGUUGGGGUCCUACUCCUUGGCUCAUAAUGUCCGAGAUCUUCCCCACACGAGCAAGGGGAUUGGGCAGCGCUUUAUGUGUGCUUACCAACUGGACCUGUGCUUUCAUCAUCACCAAGACCUUCCAGAACCUCAUGGGUCUGAUAACCAGCGCAGGAACCUUCUGGAUGUUUUCGGCACUGUGUGCACUUAAUGUCAUCUUCACUGCUGUGUUUGUCCCUGAAACCAAAGGCAAAACUUUAGAGGAGAUUCAAGCCCAUUUCAAGGGAACUUACGGACGAUAAACGCAUCGUUUCUACAGUGCCAACACUAAACAUUCUAGCAAAUUAAGUGAAUCCAUUCAAUCCUGUUGAAGUUUACUGAUCCAACACGUGUCCGUUUGAUCAAAUACAGUUCUGGUGUAAAGCUAUUCAUUUGACAUAAAUACGUGUCUGAUCUGGACUUUUUAUUAUUCACACACUGUUACUUUCUGUUGAUGCAUGAUUUUAGGUUUAAUUUUGCCUGCGUGUUAUAUGCGAGCAAGUAUGUUUUUCUAAAUUGAUCUGAAUAUAUAUGCACAGACAACCAACAAUUUGCCACAUGUAUACUGUGAGAUAAAUUCCAGAGGUAAUAUAAGCUUUGUUCCCAAUCUCUUUUCUUUUCUCAACAUUAAGUAAACUCGUUUUACUUGUUUAAUUAGAACGAUCAAAUUCAUGGAAUGUUGCACAACUUCAGAAGUUUGGAGUUUAAUGAAACAUCUUUAUGAGCUGUAGGUACACUUUUAUAAAUGUAUUAAUAAGCUGUGGUUAGUUCUCAGUUUUAUGUGUGCUACAUCCAUGAUGCAAAGUGUACUGGGAAUUUGUGUGUAUAAAAUAAAAAAGGUGUUGAAUUCUAAGUUUAGGGUUUAACUUAUGGUGUCUGAACACUUUUUUCACCAUUUAGGGAAUGAACGAAUUUAAAACUGCACUGUCAAAAGUAAAGGCACACACUGUUUUUUUAUUCUGCGUAUAGAGCUCCGGAGGUUGACGUCACGCAAUCUGAACUCCGCCAUUUUGGCAGGCUAUCAGGAGAGCGCUAGAGCGGCGGUAGCAUUGGUAUCGACAGUGGUCGAACAAUAAUUUAAAACCAGACUUGUUUAGACUUUACAAAACUUACUAUUCCAACACGGUGGACAGCUGCUGUGCGCCAGGAUGCCAGAACAGACGGGGGAGAGCAAAGGGCUAAUCAUUUUAUCGCAUUCCUAAGGAUCCCGGUAGAUGACUAAAAUGGUUCACAGCAGUAAACGUGCUAACCAACACGCCACCGCUAUCUCUACCUCUAUGUAGUUAUGAUGCCAAAUCCUGAACAAGACUGCUGACACAUGAGAGCAUCACUCGCCUAGUCCAGCUGUGCAAUUGCAGUGGGCUCAUUCAAAAACGCUUAACGUGAAAUAAUGAUUAACGUGAUAUUAUUCACUUCAGUGAAACAAGGGCUCUUUCUUUUGACACCAGUUAGUGUCUUUGACAGAAAUGCGUUUUUUUCUAAGAGUUGUUUAGGUACGUUAAAUCACGUUAAGCAUUUUAGAACGUCUCAGACUUAAUGACAUUUAUGAUGUCUAACGUUACUGUACUCACAGUCAUAUAGCUAUGCUGGCUACGUACAAACAAGGACAGCUAGGGUCGAUUACGUUAGCUGACAACACAGUUGACUUAGCAGGAUUUAGCCGGUGUUGUGCCGAAUUUUGACUCCCCAUCAGAUUACGACUCCCCUCAUUGAAAUUGCUGCGGGAUUAGCUAAUCCUAACACCUAAUGUUAGUGGGGAAUGGAGGAGUCAUAAUUUGGCAGGAGUCGUUUGUACCCCUUCAGGCUUUUGUGGACCUUUAAAGAGUCUCCGGAGUAGGACGAGGGAACGUUGACGAGGUAGUUGUAGAUAUCAGGAUACUGCAGGUCAGGAAAGCUAUUCGUUUCGUUAUUGAUACAUGUUAAAAGCACCCCGGGGGCAUUAUAGGGAUCUGUUAUGUUUAAUCUACAGUAUUAAAGGGGUCAUAUGACAGGGCUAAAAUGAAUAUUAUCGUUUGUUUUAGAUGUAAUGCAAUGUGUAUACAUGAUUUAAGGUCUAAAAACGCUGUAUUUUCCACAUACCGUGCAUGUUUGUAUCUCCUCUUUGCCCCGAACAUCAGGUUCCAAAGCAAUUGUACUAACAGGUACGCCCACCUUACUUGUGUAUACAUUUGGGCGGUCUUAGUCAAAUCAUACCACGAACUGACGUAGAUUUGUGGGGGUGUGGUUACACGAGGCGUUUCAGGCAGGUCUGGGUGAGCAGUCGCUUUUAGAUAGAAUGCAAUUUUUGUUUCCGACACUUAAAUUUUUGCAAUUUUACGUGUCUAAUACAUGCAUGGGCAACUAAUAACACACCAAAGACACCGAAAAACACGUAUUCGCGCCAUAUGACCCCUUUAAUAUUAAUUUCUUGGUUACAUGCAACCAAUGUUGGGGAGUAGCUAACUACAAGUAGCGACGCUACUAACUUAACUACAUUUUUCAGUAGCUUGGCGGUAGCUCAACGACUUUUAAAGUAGUGUAGAUUCUCCAGUAGUUAAUUACUUUUUAAAGAUCGCGUAUCACAGGCAGUUUCUGCCAAUCUCAUAUUAACACGUAUUCGCGCCAUAUGACCCCUUUAAGUUUUGCCAUGCACAGGUCUAUGUCUUUGAAAUUAAAGUGCGCAGUGAACUCUGUUGCCUUGAAACUCAUGCGGGCGCCACUCAUUUCACAUUCGCUCCUGGCUGUUCCUGCCUGCCAGCAUUGUGGUGUAAACAGAAUGGGUCACGUGACGUCCGGAGCUCUAUGUGCAUUGUUUUCUAAUAGAUAGUGACAAAAAGGAACAAUUAUUUGCAAAUAUGAUACACAAGGUUCUUUCCUAAUGAAUUGCUUUUACUAAAAUGUUUUCAUCUAUGUUUUUUUGGUUCUCAACAACUCUGACCUCCAUGUGUUAUCAUUUUUUUAUUAAUAACAUUCCUUCAUUUUCAUUAUUACUAUGAAUUUAUAUCAUUCUUAUUUAAUUGUUUCUCAGGUUAUAAUAUUACAAAGUUCAUCUUCAGAACAAAUGUUUCUAACAGUACGAUAUCUAUUUUCGUCAAAUGUGUUGGGAUAUUUAAUAUCGACCGAUCUGUGCUUGUGUGGUCUCGUGUGCGAUGUGUGUAAAUAAAGCCAGCUG